GGGGGAAGCGAGAUGAGGAGCUGAUCCUGCCCCUCAACUCCUCCCUGAGUGUCACUCUGCACCAGGACCAGUUAAGAACGACCACAACAGCUGCCAUCAGCAAGGACUUCUCGGAGGACCGGAUCUGGCUGAACGGCAGGGAAGAGGAUGUGGAGCAGCCGCGCCUCCAGGCCUGCUUGCGGGAAAUCCGCCGCCUGGCUCGGAAGCGCAGGAACACAGGGGAGGGGGACCCGCCAACCCCCAGCCUCAGUGACAGGGUGCACGUGGCCUCCGUGAACAACUUCCCCACGGCCGCCGGCCUGGCCUCCUCAGCAGCGGGCUUCGCCUGCCUCGCCUACACUCUGGCCCGAGUCUACCAGGUUGAGGGCGACCUCUCAGAGGUGGCUCGCCGGGGCUCGGGCAGCGCCUGCCGCAGCCUGUAUGGGGGCUUCGUGGAGUGGCAGAUGGGGCAGCGGGCAGACGGCAAGGACAGUGUCGCCCGGCAGGUGGCCCCUGAGUCUCACUGGCCCCAGCUCCGAGUUCUCAUCUUGGUGGUGAGCGCGGAGCGGAAGCCAACGGGCAGCACAGUGGGCAUGCAGACCAGUGUACAGACCAGCGCCCUGCUCAAGUUCCGGGCCGAGGCGCUGGUGCCGGCACGCAUGGCAGAGAUGGCCCGCUGCAUCCAGGAGCGAGACUUCCCCCGCUUCGCCGAGCUAACCAUGAAGGACAGCAACCAGUUCCAUGCCACCUGCCUGGACACCUUCCCGCCCAUCUCCUACCUCAACGACACGUCGCGGCGCAUCAUGCAGCUGGUUCACCGCUUCAACGCCCAUCACGGGCACAUGAAGGUGGCGUACACGUUUGAUGCAGGCCCCAACGCUGUGAUCUUCACCCUGGAUGACACCGUGGCUGAGUUUGUGGCCACCGUGAGGCAUGUCUUUCCCCCAGAGGCGAACGGAGACAAGUUUCUGAAGGGGCUGCCGGUGACACCUGUCCCUGUCUCGGAUGAGCUGAAAGCCACACUGGCCAUGGAGCCUGUCCCCGGAGGCGUGCAGUACAUCAUUGCCACACAGGUGGGGGCGGGGCCGCAAGUCCUGGACGACCCGGACGCUCACCUCCUGGGCCCUGACGGCCUGCCGAAGCCCAGGCUGGCUGCCUGACCCCACUUCAGAACUCUGCCUGCACGGGAUGCUUGCUGGAACCAGGGGCUGGUGUGAUGGCCAGGCCACGCCUGUGGGGACACACAGGGCUGUUGGCUGUGGGGCAGGUCCCCCAACAAGUGCCUCACUGUCCCGGGGGUGCUCUGCUAAGAUGGGCAUUGGACCAAGCCCCGGCUGGUGCUGGUACCUGGAGUCUCCCAGGCUCCCCACAGCACCAGGCCAGGAACCCUACCCAGCAGCGCCUCUGGGAGGCUGAGGCAGGAGGAUCGCAACUUCAAGUUCAGUCUGGUUAAUUUAGCGACUUAGACCCCGUCUCACUGGAAGAAAUGCAGGGAAUGUAGAGCGCAGGGUCAACCCCUACUACUGCCAAAAAACAAAUGCGUAAAUAAAAAGAAAUCGAAAGACUAGCAACCCCUCCCUGCAAGGCAAGGGCCUGCCUCGGCCAGUGAAGCGGGUCAUCCCGCAGAAUAAAGGGAGUUGAGCGAC